AUGGCUAUACCGGAUAGUGGACCUGUCGGAGAGGGGAAGGUGUCUGAGGCAGAGGGAAAGGUCCCGGACCUGACUAAGGCUGGGUCUGUGAGUGACAUGGACCUACCAAUCAUGGACACCCCCACAAACUUAAAUGUCAAUGUCUCUAGCAGCCAGAUCAAGAGUCCUUUCUCACAGGACCACCAGCACCCGCACGUCCCAACCGCUCCGUCCGAGGAACCCCCAGCACCUGUCCUGGUGUGGAGCCAGGGCAAGCUCCCAACAGCCGGCUCACACCCUCCCCGGCGCUUCAUCAAGGUCCAGCCGUUUAGUCAAGACGACCCGGGGGAGAGGAAGCCGCUAUGCAGCUGGCUGCUGGAACACUGGCUGCUACUGACUGUAGUGUUUGUUCUACUGGCCCUGUGUCUGGCCCUAGGCAUUGGCCUUGGAGUUGGACUCAACUGCUCAGGGAAGUUCCGCUGUAGCAAGUCCUCUGUAUGUAUCGGGAGAUCUGCGCAGUGUGAUGCCGUCAGGGACUGUGCUGAUGGGGAUGAUGAACUGAACUGUGUGCGUCUGAGUGGGAGGAGCUCUGUGCUGCAGGUUAACAGUAAGGGCACAUGGAGGACAGUAUGCUCUGCUGGCUGGGAUAGCACCCUGGGUUAUUCUGCCUGCAGGCAGAUGGGAUACUCCAGCUACAUCAGUUCCAGCUCCCUGCCCCUAUCCUCAGUGGAGUUGGCAUUCCAGGCUAAUCUGGUGUCAGUCAAUUUGAGUCAAUCAGCUCUCCAGCAGGCUGUCAAGAUCCACAGUACUGCCUUUCUCAGUAACACACAGUGCAGUUCUAGAAGUGUGAUCGCGCUCAAGUGCAUCGAGUGUGGCACCAGGCGCAUGUUCAGCUCUCGUAUUGUGGGGGGGGACGUCUCCAAACCGGGCCAGUUUCCCUGGCAGGCCAGCCUCCACUAUCGGAACCAACACCUCUGUGGGGGCUCUGUCAUCACAACAAGCUGGAUUGUGACGGCAGCACACUGUGUCUACAAGAUUUCCACAGACCCCACUUUCUGGGUGGUGUAUGUGGGAUUGAUAGAUCUGCCAGUCAACGGGGUGCUGUCUCGCUCUGUGGAGAAGAUUAUCUACCAUGCCCACUACCAACCUCCAGCCUUAAGCUUCGACAUUGCUUUAAUGCGGCUUAAAGACCCUCUUACCUUUAAUGGUUGGGUUGAGCCCAUCUGCCUGCCCAGCUAUGAAGAGGUGUUUGAAGAGGGGAAGGUGUGCUGGAUUUCUGGGUGGGGGGCCAGAGUGGAGGGAGGGGAGACCAGUGUGUCCAUGCACUCUGUCCAGGUCCCUGUUCUGUCCAACAGGGAGUGUAAUGGACCAGAGGUGUACAAUGAUCUCAUCUCCCCUUGGAUGGUCUGUGCAGGCUACCUGGAUGGGGGCAAGGACUCUUGUCAGGGGGACAGCGGAGGCCCUCUAGCCUGUGAGGUAUCCUCAGUGUGGAAGCUGGCAGGAGUCACCAGCUGGGGCUAUGGCUGUGCUGAGAGGAACAAACCUGGCGUGUAUACUCUCAUUCCCUACGCUCUGACCUGGAUCCACCAGCAGAUGGAGAAAGAAGAGGAACUGAAUCCCUGACCCCUGAACUAUUUAUUUUGAACCACCACAAUGAAAGGAAGUUGAAGGGUG